CAAAACGCAAGGAAUAUAUAAACUUUCAAACUACAAAUAACCCAUGCCAACCAUCGUAUAUCGCCAUUCUUCUAACAUGAACAACUACUCUGACAACACCGGUUAUCGGCCAAUCCACACGCUUGUGCCAUAUGAUCGUGACAAUGAUGUUUCCCCUAUGAUCCGUGUUUCUUUCAUAACUGGUACGGUCAGUCCAAUGGAUUAUUUUGGGUCCGAGGGAUAUGUGUCGCCCUUCGCGGCACCUAGGGUUCGAUCUCAACCUACCUUACCAAACCUAGCACGCGGUACCACUAUGCCAAGAAGUAUAAACCCCAGACCAAGACUCACCAGCCAUAGUGAUCCCAUAUUAAUGGGAAACCAACAAAAUAUUGGUUUGGAGAAGCUUAGGAGAGAGAUCUACAAUCCGAGAAUACCACGGAUUAACCUAUACUAUCGGGAUUUUGAUGCUAGAUCCAAACCGCGGGAGAAUGAAGAUGGUAAGAGUUGUGUGGUUUGUUUAGACGACUUUGAACCAAGAGAAAUGGUAACACUCACACCAUGCAAUCACAUGUUUCACGAAAAUUGCAUUGUACCAUGGGUGAAAAGCCAUGGCCAAUGUCCGGUUUGUCGUUUUGUGAUCAGUGAGCGAAAUAACGAGAAUGAAAGAAGACAACCCAUUAACAAUAGUGACUUGAGAAAUGAUCCAUUUGCAAGAGACUUGGUUUCUUUUAUAAGAGACAUGGAAGGUAGGGGUUGAUCUCUUUAGGGUGCACCCUUUGGCCUUUUCUAAGUAGCUUGCUAAGAAUGGUGAUUGUAAGACCCUUAAUUUAUACGAUUUUCAUAAAGAUUUCGAUUAAUAUAGUGUAUUUACGAUUAAACAUACACUUGAAAA